AUGAAGCCUCAUGAAAUUUUCACCACCAAAGACUACGACAUCGUCGUUGCUGUCACUUUCGAUGCUAUUAAUAAAGGGCUAAGGAAGUUGGCUGAGGCUGAUGAGAAGUUCCACACCAUGAUCAUUGAAAUGGCGUUCGACGAGGAGGGCGACCGAAUCGGAAAGCUGUAUGAUGACUGGGAAAAAGUUCCAAAGAACCCCUCCAAUAACAUUCCGGUUAAUACCACAAUUCGUGGAACAUACAUCCCGACCUUCACCGUUACUGAAAGCGGAUGGGCUGUUCAGCUGGGAGUAGAGUUUACUUCCGGAAGUGCAUGGUUCCGAGAUAUCUUUUCUGGCAACAUACGACCAGCUCAAGACAUCACGGGAUGGAAAUGGAGCAUUCCGAUCCGAGUUGGCUUUGCCGAGAUUCGAAAUGAGAGCGAGGCCGGCCUGGUGCCCGACGUUGUACGAAACCAAUUGGAGCAUUUCACUUCCCAAGGGUUUCUUAUAUCGCGUAUCUUCUGUGAUCUACAGAACAUUGAUCUUCUCAGCACCGCCGUGGCACCAGUCGCAACUACUGACCCUAAAGUUCAAGUCAAGGAUGUAUACAAGACUAUGUUCUCAACACUUUUGACAGACUGGCUUCAGGAUGUUAAGAAAAACUCAGCCAGGAACCCAUACAUCUUGGGCUACGUUCCCAGCUAUCCAUCCUCUGGUGAUCCAGACGUUGAUGUUCCGGAUUCUCUCAAACCAAUUGGAAACACGUUCAAUGUUUUCUUUGAUCCGGCAUCACAACCAAGAAGUACCCUCAACUUCAUCCUCAACACUAAAUCUUCUGCUCUUAAGCCAGGUAGUCAACCUCCCACCGACAUAUUCGAUUCUAGCUGGUUGUCUCCAACAGAUAUUUGUGAUGGCAAAAUGUCCUUUUCCUUUCGAUCCUUGGUAGAGACUUUAGUUCUCAGAACCUUCUAUGAUACAUAUGUCACGAGUAUCCACCAACAGAUUUCUGGAGGUGGUAUUGAACUUGGAGUCUUUAGGCUAUACAACGAAGCAAAGAGCUCCACUGGCAAAGGGUACCAUUUUGACAUCUACGAUAUGCAAAGCGACCCACUCAAUAAAUGCAAGACUUACUUCGACGUUUCUUUCUCCACAACAUCUCAGGGAAUAUCUAUCAAUAUUACAGGCUUCAUCUCUUGGGACAAAGAAAAAAAGAAGCAUGUUACGGUUAUCGGGAAAUCGGAAACUGCACGUGCUUGGGCUGGAGGCGACAUGACCUGGGAAGCCAGUAUUCCCAUCAAUCUUCACGAAAAUGAUAGUGGCUCACCAACACUGGAGGUCCUGAAUACUAGCCUUAACCCAACAGCGAUCAGAACAUUGCAUGAUUCAAAUGGCGUGGCGAAAAGUCUUGAUAAGAUAUCAGAUUUGCUUGGCAACAUCAUUGAAGUCGGAGGCUUGCUCACGCUAUUUAAGCAAAGCGAUUGGCUGUUAUUAGGAGUGCAUCCCGUUGAACUUGGCUCUACAAUCAUGGAGUAA